AUGUCAAAGUUCAUUGUCAAGUGGGUCGCUAACCGCUUCCUCAAGGAUAACCAGCUCAACAGAUUCGGAGUGGAGGAUCCCUAUUACGAGAACGUCGUCGUUGGACAAACUAAAGAUGGCCAGCCAAAAUACAAAAAAAUUGUCCGUAGAGUUCCCGACAACAUCAGUCACAAUGACAAGGUCAUCUUGGCCAAAGUCAAGCAGCAGGCCUACCGGUACGACUUAUGGUUCUCUGCCCUAGGGAUGCGCUUUGGCCUUUCCAGUUUGGUAGGCUUGGUUCCAAUUGUUGGUAGCAUUGUUACAACGUACUGGUCGCUUCUGCUCUUCAUGAAUGCACGUAGUUUGGACGAUGGACUUCCCUUGGAUAUCCAGCUCUUGUUCUUGUUCAAUAUCUUGGUGGAUUUCCUUCUCUCGCUCAUACCAAUCAUUGGCGAUAUCAUCGAGGUGGGAUACAAGGCAAACCUGAGAAACUUCUUACUUUUGGAGAAGCACUUGGUUCGUGUGGGCCAGAAGAACGCAGGCAUCAUCUCUGCAGACGAAGUCAGACCUGGCUUCAUCAACGACAAAGUUCAGCCUUUCGUGGAUGAGACUUUGGUCCCCAAUACCGUCAAAGCCGGCGAGCAAAUUAAAAAGCUUGUCAGCAACAAGUUGCGUGCUGGCGCCUCUACCACCACAUCCAGUGAAACCGCCAAUCCAACAAUCGAGCCAUCUCUGGCCGUCGCCACAGGAACAAUAGACACGUUUGCGGACGACGAUAACCGGAGCAUCCGAAGCCUCACAGAGGUGCGCGAAAAGGCCGAUUGA